GUGUUUGCAGGCGCCGCCAUCCUCACACAAGUGGCUUUUCAGGAGUGGGGACUUCCAGUCUCCAAUCCGAUCGACCUCAACACAGGCUUCGACCUCCUUACUGUUGAAGGACGACAAGCCGUGGACCGCAUCAUCGAGAAGGAUGAUCCCUUUGCCAUCUCGUUUGCACCGGUCUGCACGCCCUGGACAACCUGGACCAACAUCCUCACGGGAGAGGCUCGCAGCAAGGUGAUGACAAGGAGGAAGAAGUGGCAGCCGGUGAUCAAGUGGAUGUACGACAUCGUGGAAAGCAGACUCCACAAGGGACGGCACGUCUUGGUGGAGAACCCCUGGAACUCAGUGAUGUGGGACACAAAGCACUCACAGAACUUCUUCAACAAGGAGCUCACCGAUGCGGCAACUUUGGAGCCAAUUGAGUGUGUCAAAAUGGACCAAUGCAGUGUCGGACUAUGUGACCGAGACAACGGCUACCCACACCUCAAGCCCACUGGCUUCCUCACCGCCUCCUGCCACAUCAAGAACGACCUGGUGCACUGCCGAUGCCCCGGAAACCACGAGCACCAGCAGUUGGAUACGAAACUCCGAUGCCAACGAGCCCAGCAAUGGCCAAAGCAGCUAUGCGAGAUCAUUAUUGGAGGCUGGGUUCGGGAAUUGGAGUACUGCUACUCCAUCACCGCCUUUCCGGCUGAGGUGUGUGAGGAGAAAAGAAAGCCCCAACGACCAGCCGCAGUAAAAAUGCCCGAGGAGUACAAGUUCAACAAGGCCAUCUCCCUCGACGUCUUCAUCAUCAAGGACACGAUUGGGCGACGAUACAAGGUGAUGUCCAUCGUGGACUUGGGAACACUCUUCCACGUGGCAGCCAUUGUGGGAGAAGGCUCUGGACCACCAAGCUCUGGGGACAUGGCCCACGCCUUGAGUACAUGCUGGCUAAACUGGGCCGGCAUCCCGGAGAGCAUUGUCUUGGACCGUGGACUUGAGAAUCGAGGCAAACUACAACAACUGGUGACAGCCCAUGGCAUUCUUCUUCGCUACAUUGGUGUGGAAAGUGCCUACCAGGGAGCAGCGCGUGAGUCCUUUGCCCAAGUGGAUUCUUCACAGCGAAUACGUUCUUCACUACUACGAAAAAGCGUUCCGAGCCGCGGCCCUUUCGUGAUGGGAGACCUGGUCUGCUACUACAAGAACCAAGGAGCGCACCGACAGUGGAAAUGGUAUGGACCUGCCCGCGUCAUCGGGCAAGAAGGCAAGGGCACUCUGUGGAUUGUUCAUGGAGGAGUUCCACUUACCGUGUCUGUGGAACAAUGUCGGCAUGCUACCGGGAACGAGAUGCUGGCGAAGCGAGUGCUGGAACUCCGGCCGUCCCGGAAGAGACGAAGAGAGGAUAUGGAGGACAAUGCCGACGUCAACGACCAGGACGAUGAGGUGCCGUUCGCGGACGACCUGGUUGGAGUUGGAGGACCACCGGGAAACGAGCAGAGACUCACGAACCUCAUCUACCACCACCUGGACUUCCCUUUAUACCACCGCCAGGACUUCAAGAACCAGAU